AUACGUUCGCCAGCGCGGGCGACUUUACUCAUGACGGACGGAGCGGGCAAGCCAGCAGCCAAGCGGCGCUGGACCUCUGACUGACCCUGAGCAUCAUCGUGCAAGGUAUUGUUGGCGUUCCUGGGACAGGUCAGCUUUGCUCACACGUAGCUGGCAAGGUGUAGUAUGCACUGACAUGGUGGAGUUGGUUUGCGGGUGUUGAAAAAUGUUCUCUUGGCCUCGCGAAGCUGAUGACGUAGGACGUCACGGUGAUCCGACAGCAGUUCAGAGCCUCGUCAACGGCAGCGAAGUAAAGAAGCACGAUGCGAACGAGACACCAACGAAUGUAUAUGUCGGAUUUCACGAUAGGGAGGAUUGCGAUUCCCUAUCGAGCUACAAUGAGGAUAAUCGUUUGGUUUGGACGGCGCGCGAUUCCAUUUGGGAGAGAUGAAAUGGCUUCUAUCUUCGCACCGCCUGCGGGGUAUCAGACGAAUACGUGGUGGUUCGCCCAGGCGAUUGUCGAAUCCGACAAUCCAAUCGUCGAAUUCGACAAUAUGACGUGGGAUGGCAGGAUGGCAUUAACCGCGAUUUUGCCGUGGCUUCAAUUCGUCUCGACCUGUCGGUUAAUGGUAGCGGAAGCAGAAAAUUCACAUGGUUCAAUUUGCUUGCACCUGCAUUUCCACUUCGUAUUUGACCUAUUUUUAUUUUAUUUUGCGAUUUCUAUCCCUCCAUUGAGCCUGGAAUUGUCCAAAGCUGGCAUGCGAGGCCGUUUGCCUUAUGCUGGCGAACCACGCCCAUGAUCCAUUCAGCUAGCGUGGCUUGGUUGCGGGGAUUGGACAUCGCUCGCCUCACCCAAAACAUCAGAACCCAGACGAAAGCGAUAUCUCGAAAUGAGCUCUGGAGCCAGCGACGACGCGAUGAAUGUCCAAUCCACGCCUCA